CAUAAAACUCCAGACUCUGAGGGAGAUCAAACUGAUAAAAUAGAACAAAAUUAUGAAGGAAAUCAACUCAGAAAGAGCAACAUCCCAGGAGAACUUGACUAUAAACGAAAAGAGAAUAGAAGUCCUUCCUCAAAAAUUUUACGCAGACUUGUUAGUGAUAAAAUUAAGUCUAUUUUACUAAUUGAUGAAAGACAAGAACGGAGAUAUUGGUACGCAACAUGGCGGUUAAUUGAAUUACUCAAUCUAACGCAAUGUCUGGCCUUAAUUUUUGUGAAAUCUGGCGUAAAUCCGAUGUUUUUCAAAAAAGCUACUAAAUGUGAAUACGACAAAUUUCUUAAAGAACUUUUGAAUGAUGAAGAAGCAUAUCAUAAAGCACCUAAAUUUGACGAAUCAUUAAUGGAUAAAAUUAUAGAGAA